CGCCUGGGGUAUUUUUGUCUGACACUAUCUCUGUUCCCCGGGCCGAAUCCUGGAAUUGUUGUGCAGCGAAAUGUCCAAGCCAGUGUUGUAUUCCUAUUUCAGAAGUUCCUGCUCUUGGAGGGUUAGAACAGCUCUAGCCUUGAAAGGAAUUGAGUAUGAAACACACCCAGUUCACUUGCUGAAAGAUGGUGGCCAACAGCUGGCAGAUGGCUACAAGAAGUUAAAUCCCAUGGGUCAAGUUCCUGCAUUAGUUAUUGAUGGCCACACAUUGGCUGAUUCUCUGAGUAUUAUGGAAUAUCUGGAUGAGACAAGACCGGAUCCUCCACUAUUUCCCAGAGAUGAUCCAUACAAAAGAGCCCUGGUAAGGCAAGUCAGCCAUACCAUAGCUAGUGGAAUACAACCGAUCCAAAACCUUUCUGUCCUGGAGUACCUUGGUGAUGAGAGGAAAGCUGAGUGGGGACAUCACUGGAUCAACAAGGGAUUUCAUAAUUUGGAGAAGAUCCUGCUGAACACAUCAGGAAAAUAUUGUGUGGGAGAUCAGAUAUCUAUGGCUGAUUUGUGUCUGGUACCCCAGGUCUUCAAUGCAAACAGGUUUAAAGUCGAUAUGUCCCAGUUUCCAACCAUUUCAAGAAUACACGAGGAUUUGACAAAGUUAGAGGCGUUCAAAGCUGCGCACCCUUUCAAACAACCUGACUGUCCAGAAGAAAUGCGAGAAUAACUACGAAAGAACCCAGAAGCGCUUUACAAAAUAACGUUUUUAGUUAGUUUGUUUUCCUUUGCUUAAUUGUCUAUCUUAGAUAUUUAAUUCGUAAAAGCAGAAAAAAAAUACCCAGUUAUUUCUUCUGAACGUUUCAGGACUACAUUCCCACAUGCGUAUAUACACAUUUGCGCUGAAAGUCGCAUUAGAAUAAUCUAUCACUCAAGAAGCUUCUACACUAUACAUUGUACGUAGGACUUUUGGGUAAAGAAAACAUCUCCUUCUAAAAUUGUAGCGGGAAUAUUCAAAUUGGGGCACAGCUAUUUUUAAAAGUAAACUUAAAUAAGCAGUAAUAACUGCAGUGAGAGAUGUUCGGCUGUACGGUGGUAAAGUGCAGGAAGAUUCUAGGGCUCUCUCAAACCGACUCUUUUCGGUCAAAUGUAUCAGUGUUGGAAUAAUAAAUAAGAUGGCAUCAGUCGGGA